UUAUGACAAAUAUAGAACGGGCGAGAGAUAGCGCGUAUUUUAAUAGUGAUAAACUGAUAAAUAUAGUCAUUGAGAGAAGAAAAAAACAACAACACAAUUACCGUGUUAUAGUGUUUAAGCUAAAAAUCUAAACUAUUAAAUUCACUCGGACCUUAAAACUACCACGUUGUGAUUUAGAAAGUGCACAGGGAUUUUAUGUCUCUCAAUGUACGGAAAAGAAGUGACAAAACAGAGCGUGAUAUCGACUAUAUUACACCUUGGUUUGUGUUUCUAUGGAAAACGGCUUUCAUUUCACCAGUAUUAAGAGUCAACAAUGAACCGAAUGUUGCAUUAAAAGAAAGGACUAGAUUAAACAAUAUCAGCGAUAAAUAAGACGGAGUGUGCCAUCGUCUAAAACAAUAUUUUUUAGAAUUUUAAUGUUUUUAUUGAGUGAAAUAUCGGUUAAUUUCUUAAAACAUCGCUGAGAGAUAUUUUAUCAAAUUAGAUCUUCAAUGAACUUUAUUUCUAUUUUAAUGAAGACAAAUUCCUACAUAGCAUUUAAAUCUCUGAAAUAAUUGUAACGUUUGCAAUUAUGAAACGCUGUUGCUAAUCUACGAGGAGCUUUCUGCAUCAAGGGAUUGCAUUCUGUAAGACAUAGUUAUACAUCAAUGACGGAGGACGUUAUGGCGUGUUUUGGUGGUGGUUGCUAUAGUAACCAAUACCCUUAUUAUGAAUGUCCAGAGGAAGGAAGAAUGGCCCGAAUGAGGGACAAACAAAUUACCAAGUUGCUCAAAAAUUACCACAGACAAGAAGUGAAAAAGUUGAAACUCCUUCUCUUAGGGACUGGCGAGUCAGGAAAAAGUACAAUCACAAAACAGAUGAGAAUCAUACAUAUAAAUGGAUUUGAAACUAGUGAGCGAAUGGAGAAGAUCAAAGAUAUACGUCAGAACAUUAAAGAGUCUAUUGUAGUGAUAUUAUGCGCAAUGCAACAGCUAGGGAUCGAACUUGAACUUGAAGAAAAUAGUGCCAAGAUGGAAUACAUCCUCCAAGAGGCUUCUGAUCAAAGCACUGAAAUUACAGAGGAAUUUCUAGACUGCACGGAAACAUUAUGGAAAGAUUCAGGUGUCCAAGAGUGUUAUUCAAGGUCAUACGAAUACCAGCUUAUUGAUUCUGCAAAAUACUUUUUAGACAACUUAUCUGAGAUACGCCAAACAGACUAUAUACCGUCUGACCAGGACAUUCUCCGAUGUCGGGUAUUGACGACCAGUAUACAACAUAUAGAGUUUGAUGUCAGAGAUGCAGGUCAUCCGGUUUCUUUCAGUGUGUUUGAUGUUGGUGGUCAGCGGGGGGAACGGAAGAAAUGGAUCCAAGUCUUUGACAGUGUUGUUGCAAUAUUGUUCCUGGCUGACUGCAGUAGCUACGACCAAACCCUGCGGGAAGACCGGACCAAGAAUAGAUUCCUAGAAGCUCUUGAGAUAUUUGAACAAGUUUGGAAAAAUAGGUUCUUAAAGAACGUUUCGAUACUUUUGUUUAUGAACAAGAUGGACAUGCUGUCAGAAAAAGUACAAAAAGGCCGAUUUAUAAGCUCACUUACAGACAAAUAUCCAGACAGGUUUCCAAGCUAUGAGAAAUUCACGCCAUCCAAUUCUGAAAAGCUGGAAUUUGCCGAUGCAUAUCACAAACCGGAAAGUGACGGAAAGAAACGAAGAGGUUCGCGAUCGGGAUCGAAGUCAGCCGAUAUCAACCCAGAUCUGAUUAAAAACGCAGUUUACAUCAAACAUUUAUUUAUGAAAAUUGUGAAAGGCGAUAUAGUGUUGAAGCCUUCUGUUCAGGAAAUUAGCAAAGACUGGCACCAAAACCAUAGCUGUGAAUAUUUCUACACAUGCGCAGUGGACACGAACAAUAUUCAGCGAGUGCUAGAUGGGUGUCGAACAUUAAUCAUUAGAAAACAUUUAGAAAGAUUUGGAAUUAUUUAGUAAACGUAAGACCCAUGUUAUCUCAAGAUUCGAUGUAUGGUCGUUAAGGGAGUUUGUUGCAGAGCUGUAAUUAGCUCAGCAAGUUCGGAUACUUCUGCAGAGUGCAGAAAAUAGCACCUACUUCCGACAAAAGACUGGCGGACAGUAACCUAGUUACAAAAGUCAUGUGACUUAACGCGACGCAAUAUGUGUGGACAUUGUAUUAGUCAGUAGAACAGUUAUGUGUACGGCUUUUACGUGUUUAUAUUGCCGAGUCUGACUGUAAGGAAAUGCUUAUAGAUGUGUCUGUAAAUAGGGACAGUUAGAGGCAAGCGUUUCGUUUUUUGUCAGUAAAUGUCACAAUAGAAGGUAUUGGGCAUCGAAGAGACUUCCGAUCACCGCGCAUUUUAUAGGUUAUCAGCUUUUAAUCGGCUCAAGUUCUGCAGCGGAAAUAUUGCGCGACUUAUGAGUGUAUAUUUCUAGAUGCAAAACUAAUAAUCUUUUUAUUAUAUACGUGUCUGCCCAUAUAAAUAUUACAUUAAUAUCACGAAUUUGUUCAAUUGACAAUACUGACCUAAUAGAUAAAAGAAAUAAUACAAUGACACAUAUUAACUGACGUCACGCACCCGAUAUGAAAUUCAGAUGCCAAUAUGUAAUCAUUACUAGUCACUUGGCAUCAGUCCAUGACGAGUCACCUCUCUCAUGAAAAAAAAGAGGGAUAUUGUUGAAAGUGUUUCUUAUACAGAAACAUUUAACAGAUUUUAAAGUGCAUUUAAUCUUACGUACACACCGUGUUAAAUAUUAUCGGUUUGAGGUGAGAUUUCAGCCGGCUGUGGUAACCAAUUGCCAUCGAAGAGUGCAGUAUUUUAGUACCAAGAGGUUUAAUUAAGGUACAUUAGGUAUAAGUUCAAACAUAUGAAAACAACGAAAUUGUACAAAUCUUGCUUUUGUAAAAAUAUCUGAAACUGCCCCGAGUGAACCAGCUAAAAUGUGUAAUAACUUGUAGGGAUGGCAACGAAUAGCAAUUUUGGUAUUCGAAUAUUCGGUCAGCCAUCCAAACGAAUAUUCGAAUAUUCGGUCAUCAAAUGAUCAACAAAUCAACUCAAAACCUUAUGAAUUUAUCGUACCCUUACAGCGAUCUGCAUUAAUUCUACUUUCGUUUACACCGGAAGUAAUUUAGACAUUGACGAAUUAAGACUGACUUAUCGGUCUCAUCGCUUGUUCAUCUUUUUGAAUAUAAAAUAUUUGUUAUUUGCCUCCAUAUACAUAUAACAUAUAUAGGUUUUACUUAUUUUACAUGUUUUUAGAUGGAUGUAGCCCUCCAGUAAGUAAGGUUCUCUCCACACAUAUUACACGUAGCCGACUUCUUAUCGGAUGAUCGCGUGAAAUACUUUAAAAAGACAGGCGGCAUUGCUUGCAUUUUGGCAGUAGAUUCACGUAAUAGCACGAACAAUAUUUUCGAUUAAACGGGGUGUAAAAUUAAGACUUUGGGGGUGGGGGAGUCUUAUAAAAGAUAUAUUUUGCUUUACUUUACCCUUUGUCUGAAUAUUGAGUAGAUUCUACUAUUUUUUUUCAAUACGAAAUGCAUUUAUUAUCAAGAGGAAUCCGUUUUACAUAAAAAGAAAAUUCGUCACAUUUGACUUGUUUACAACACUUUUCGGCAUUUUUCUUUACUGAAAUACAUCUUGAAUCGACUUUGAUUGAAAUCCGAGUCAUUAUAGUUCAAGUGCUUUCUGAUGAUUUUUAAUUAUAUGUGGUUCGCACCUACCGAAAACAAGGUGAUUUGUAACGGAUUAACAUCAAUUGGGGACUAAUAAAAUUUCUAAAGGUAAGCAAUUAGCGGUACUUACUACAGGUUACGAUGUCAUCACCAUAGCGAUGUACAAUAUCGGCACGCUAAUAUACAAAGUGACGCGUCUGACAGCGACGGAAGCCAUUUUCGCGCGUAUUUACUAUGAAAGCGAAUUUUGGUAAAUUAGAUAAACGAACAUACUGGUUCUUGCAUUUGGUUUUUAUUUAUUUCUUACGAUUUUAUAUUUUUUUUCCGAAUAUUGGAAUAGUGAAACAGUAUUCGAAUAUUCGUGUCACGAACGAAUAUUCGAAUAUUCGAAAAUUCGUUGCCAUCCCUAGUAAUAAGCUGCGGACUAUACGGUACUGUGGGAUAUUUUUAAGAUGGUCUUAUUCGCUAUCUCUAAUACAGACGAAAAUUGAAUGUACCAGCGUUAACUGUAAAAUGUAUAAAUGGUAAAUAUUACACUAGCCAAAGUAAAACCACAUAGUUUUGGAUAAAACUGUACAGAUUUCUCCCAAAAUAAAGUACGGUAUACCAAAUUAUCAAAUGUUUAAAUUGUAUCUCAGUUUUGUUUUUGUAGUAAAGAGUGUUAGCCCAUAACCUUAGGACGGCCAGCACAUAUUUAUGCAAUCUCGCCAGGCAUAUGUAUGUUUUUGACAACACAGAAAAUGACGUCACUCGACCUUCAGCUAUUUCCGGAAGUAAAUAAAAUGAAAGUAGAAAUGCUAAACUUGAGAACGAAAGCCGCAUUUUGAUUCGUAGAUAGUCAGGGGUCACGCGCAGGGGUCACCCCGUCUAAAUGUAUGCGCGUGGACAUUUUUUUUUCUUUUUUUUUUGCUAUUGGGGAGUCAAUUUUCAGCACUUCAUUACGAACUGAAAUUACCUGGGCUUUAGUACAGCAUGCCAGCUUUUAAUCUAUGAAAAAAUAUUUGAGCUCUGGAUACCGGUAAACAGAAAUCCCACAGGGGUUCGUAACGGACCAAGGGUACAUUGAUAAUUUCGGAACUUCAUCAAAUCGCUCAAAAUGUCAUUUUUGAUGUUGCCUGAGAGUGUCAGUGUAUGCCUCACAUGUAAGAUAUAACCGUAUUUGAGAGUUGCAGACCUAGACAUUUCAGAAAUAUUUUCAAAAUAAGUUUCGUGUAAUAAAUAUUGUUUCUACGGAAGCGUGAAAGGGCCAUCAGACGCUAAUACGUUUUAGUAUGUUAAGGCUGCGGAAAGGAUAUUUUUUGGAAAUCACAUUCUUCAUACCAGUAAAGAAUAUGACACAUGUGAAGAACAGGGUCUACUUUUUACACAAACCGAACAUACUCCUCACAUUUUCUGUGUAAUUUAGAUCAGGGUCACAUAAAAUUACGCUUUCACAUUUCAGUUUUACAAAAAAUAAAAAUCGGCUGUUUCUCUACUCCAAAACUGAAGGAAGCCAUACUGUACAGAUACGUAAUUUACUAAGAACUUUGUAGAUGGACAAUAACAUAUUGCAAGAAGGCAUUAUUCUUUAUAGAUGUCACUAACAGAGAUUACUGUAUAUGAUUCAGUUCAAUUCAUAUGUAGCCUACUUAUAUUUAUAUAGGCUGAUAAGUUAAUUAUGUGCAAAUUAUUCGCGCGUGCCUUUUAAGUGCAUAAUAGAUAGUAAUGUUUGAAUAACUCUGGAUUCAUAUACAUAAUACUUGUGUUUAUUUUUAUAUAUACAUCAUACAGAAACGAUUACAAAUUAAUGCUAUAGCAGGAAAAAUCUUGUUUUCUUUAUUUAAAACGACAUGCCUUACGGUGUUCCUCGUUACAUCAUUAAAAAUUUGAUAUCGUUAAUAUAUUAGUUUGUUGCAUUGUAAGAACAAAAUAUCUUUCACCGGAUGAACACCGGAUACAGUAUAUUAACAAGUGGCUUAGCCUGGAGUGAAAGUGUAAGAUAAGAGUGAAAAUGUUAGCCAUGAGUGAAAGUGUAAGACAAGAGUGAAAAUGCAAGCAAGCAGUGAAAAUGUAGGCAAGGAGUGAAAAUAUCAGACAAGAUUUAAAAAGCAAGCAAGGAGUGAAAGUGUAAGCCAGGAGUAAAAGUGUAAACCAAUAGUGAAAGUGUAAGCCAGGAGUAAAAGUGUAAACCAAUAGUGAAAGUGUAAGUCAGGAGUAAAAGUGUAUACCAAGAGUGAAAGUGUAAGCCAGGAGUAAAAGUGUAAGCCAGGAGUGAAAGUGUAAGCCAGGAGUAAAAGUGUGAACCAGGAGUGAAAAGGCAAGCCAGGAGUGAAAGUGUAAGCCAGGAGUGAAAAGGCAAGCCAGGAGUGAAAGUGUAAGCCAGGAGUGAAAGUGUAAACCAGGAGUGAAAGUGUAAGCCAGGAGUGAAAGUGUAAGCCAGGAGUAAAAGUGUAAAAGUGUAAACCCGGAGUGAAAGUGUAAGCCAGGAGUGAAAAGGCAAGACAGGAGUGAAAGUGUAAGCCAGGAGUGAAAGUGUGAACCAGGAGUGAAAGUGUAAGCCAGGAGUGAAAGUGUAAGCCAAGAGUGAAAGUGUAAGCCAGGAGUAAAAGUGUAAACCAAGAGUGAAAGUGUAGGCCAGGAGUGAAAGUGUCAGCCAGGAGUGAAAGUGCAAGCCAGGAGUAAAAGUUUCAACCAGGUGUGAACGUGUAAACCAGGAGUGAAAGUGUAAACCAAGAGUGAAAGUGUAAACCAGGAGUGAAAGUGUAAACCAAGAGUGAAAGUGCAAGCCAGAAGCGAAAGUGUCAGCCAGGAGUGAAAGUGUAAACGAGGAGGCAAAGUGUUAGCCAGGAGUGAAACGUAUAAGCCAAGUGUGAAAGUGUAAACCAAGAGUAAAAAUGUAAUCCAGGAGUGAAAAUCAAAGUUUUGGUGUUCAAAAAUGAAGGAUAUUUUGAUUUUACACGUAAAGCAAUCACUUUGUUUUGUUCAUGGUUUUUCAAUGGUUGUAAGAAUCUUUCACCCAUUUUGUAGUGUCAUACCAGUGAACUAUUAUAUUUAUAUAAGGGAAGUUGUGGUUUUGUGGUUAUAUUUGCCAGCAGCUCUACCCGAAGGUUAUUGCUUCCAGCCUCACUGGGAUCACAAAUAAUACCAGUCUUUGCUUUUUCAGGCGGAAUGGUCUCGAGUAUGAUCCAAAUAAGAUCCAAGCUUUCACUUUAAUUGAGCUUAAAUAAAUUAACAUAAACUGAAAAUUUAUUUGAUAUUUAUUACAAAUAUAUUUAAUAAUUUUGAAAGCGAAACUGGAAUCCCUUUGUUUUAUUUUUUUAUUAUAAUUACUAACAAAAAGAAGUAAAUGCUUAAUCUCGACGCAUGUUUUUUAACAAUAGGGACAUAGUAUAGAACAGUUUAGUGUAUAUAUUUACAAUGAACAAAUACAAGUUUUGUAAUAAUUUGGAUCUCUAGUAUCAUGCUAUAUGUAACAUGUUUUAAAUAAACAU